AUGGCCGAGACAGGGGCCAUUGACACGCUCGCGAGCCAGGUCGGCAGCAUUUCUCUGUCAGACGCUGCUGCCACCUAUCCCAACGCUCAUCCUCACACCAACCCUCUCGAUCUCUGGAGGAUUCACAUUGCUGACACUCUCUCUAAGAUCUCGGGAGUCGAAAAGUCGAUCAUCUUCCCGGUGAUUGCGUGGACGCAGUCUCUGGACAAGGGUGACUUCAUCAUCGCUGUGCCUGCUCUGCGCAUCAAGGGAGCAAAGCCAGAUGCCCUGGCGGUCGAGUGGGCUGAGAAGUGGCCUGAGGAUGACCCCCUCGUCAAGAAGCCCGAGCCUAGCAAGACCUUCCUCUCUUUCUUCAUCAAGGGCGCCCCGGCGACGCAAGCUGUUUUGAAAGUAAUUCGCGAACAGGGAGCUGACUACGGCAAGGCUGCUUUUGAUGGCCUGAGAGAUCCCCAAGAUCCUUCCAAGGGUCGCAAGAAGAUAAUUGUCGAGUUCUCUUCUCCCAACGUGGCGAAGCCGUUCCACGCUGGGCACUUGCGUUCCACCAUCAUCGGUGGCUUCCUGAGCAACCUGUAUGAGGCAGCCGGGUGGGAUGUGACGCGGAUCAACUAUCUCGGUGAUUGGGGCAAACAGUACGGGCUUCUAGCUUUGGCAUACGAGAAGUACGGAGAUGACGCAGAGUUGAAGCGCGACCCCAUCGAUCAUCUGUUCAAGCUGUACGUCCAAAUCAACAAGGAAAUGACAGCAGAGAAGGAGAAGAUUGAGGCAGAGAAGAAGGAGGGCAAGGACGUUGCCGAACUUGAGGCCACAAGUCUCGAUGAGCAGGCACGUAGAUACUUCAAGAUGAUGGUGGAUGGCGACGAAGCCGCGCUCGCCCAGUGGAGGCACUUCCGCGAUCUGUCCAUCGACAAGUACAAACAAACGUAUGCUCGCCUCAACAUUCGUUUUGAUGAGUACAGUGGCGAAAGUCAGGUCACAGAAGAGGCCAUGGCCAAGACUGGUGGUGAGAUGACGGAGCGUGGCAUUAGUGAGAACGACAGCGGCUCGGUUCUCGUUGACUUCACAAAGCACGUCAACGGCAAAGAGGGUAAACAGCUCGGCAAGGCUGUUCUUCGGAAGAGGGACGGCACCGCUUUGUACCUGACCCGUGAUGUCAGUGAGCUGAAGGGUCGCCAUGAAAAGUACAACUUUGACAGGAUGUUGUACGUUGUCGCGUCUCAGCAAGAGCUCCACCUCAAGCAACUGUUUAAGAUCACGGAGCUCCUCGGUUACGAAGAUAUCAGGAAAAAAUGCCAGCACAUCUCUUUCGGCAUGGUUCUCGGCAUGAGCACACGAAAGGGCACUGUCAAGUUCCUGAACGACAUCCUCCGUGAUGUUGGCGAUCACAUGCACGAAGUCAUGAAGCGCAACGAGGACAAGUACGCGCAAGUGGAAGAGCCAGAGAAGGUGGCCGAUAUUCUUGGUAUCAGCAGUGUGAUGGUGCAAGAUAUGACCGGAAAGAGGCAAGUUCCAAGCAUUCACCUUCACGCAGCCAUACUAAUGCCAUGCUCCAGGAUCAACAACUACAACUUCAACAUGGAAGCGAUGACCUCCUUCGAGGGUGACACCGGCCCUUACCUCCAGUACGCCCACGCUCGCCUGUGCUCCAUCCGCCGCAGGGCGGACCUUACCGACGCCGAGAUCGCGUCGGCUGAUCUCAGCCUCCUGACCGAGGAGCAUGCUCUCAACGUCGUUCGCUAUCUGUCCCAGUGGCCCGAUGUCUUCCAGAACACACUAAAGACCCUCGAACCCACUACUGUCCUCACGUACCUGUUCCGCAUGACACACGUCAUUAGCAGCAGUUAUGACCAUCUUCAGGUUGUUGGCAGUGAGCCCGAGCUGAAGAAGGCCCGUAUGGCUCUCUACGACGCGGCUAGGAUUGUCUUGCACAAUGCCAUGUCGCUUCUGGGCCUGUCGCCGGUUGAGCGGUAA